CGGUUGUAACGUUUCAACAAUAUGUAACCUUCAUUAUUUGCGUUAUAAAUAAAUUCCUAUGUUUAGAAUUGCAUGCAGUGACGUUAAUUUUGGGGGCUGUGAUUUACGUAUUGAUGAAAUGGCAGGAUAGCACAUACCAGUACCAUGGCCUUUGAUAUGCCAGUUGUGGUGCACUGGCUGGACCAAGAAAUGGCCCAAUGGGCCCACUGACAGGAAUCGACAGAGUCCGUACGCAUCCUGGAAAAUCCAGGAUCGAUUCAGUCUUAGACCGACUGCACAUUAGGUGUCUCUUCAGAUCAAGGUUUAUUUACCUUUUGAAAAGGCAUUUGGUGUUGCAACAACUACAGUUUGUUGCAAUGGAUGCUGGAACUAAGAAACGAUACACACCUGUGGAAGACAGCAAGAACGCCCACACAGAAAAAGAAAGUAAACAUGACAAAAGAUACAAGAAAAAGAGAAAAUACGAAGAACAAGAGUCGCAGAAAGAAGACAACUGCGGUUUGAAUUCAAUACCACUAACAGAUAAUUUAGGAAUACCAUUAUCCAAGCAUGCCUGUCGGUCAGCAGCAAGCAUACUUUUAAGCAAUGAUGACCAUAAUGACGAUAAAACUGUUAACAAUACUAAUGUAGCUGAUCAUUCUGUAUCUUCGUCAUCUGACCAUCUACGUGUAUUGGGAACUGAUUCCUCAUCAGUGAUACCAGUGGACACUGUCAAUCUGUUCUCCAGGUUUUCUCCUACUAAGGGAGUAACAUUUCUGCGUACCAGUACUCCAUAUAUGUCAAACAUGGUUCCCAAUGUGGCGGCCAUGUUUCAGGCUGCGUCACAGUAUCACAACAUGUUUGGGGUUCCUCCGCAGUAUCAUCCUUUUGGAUAUGUGUGCAGGACAACUUCGACAGCAGUAUUGCACCAAACAUUGCACCAGCAGAGUCAGUCAGUGGGUUCUAAAGCUAAUUCUGUGUCCAGGCAACCUGGGACAGCAGCACCUUCAGCUGGGCCAGCUGUCAAAGAGAUGACCUCCAUUAGUGCUGGUGUUAUAGGGCAUCCACGCCAGUGGGAGUACACGGACUAUGGAAGGCAGCACCGUUCGAGAGCGAAGCAAGGUUCAGAGAUAUCGGUGAUGUCCUACAACAUCCUAGCCCAGAAUCUUCUGGAGGAGCACAGCUAUUUGUACGAAGACCAUGGAGACGAGGCCUUAACCUGGAACUACCGCAGCCACAGACUACUGCAGGAAAUUGCAUUUCAUCAUUCAGAUGUGGUCUGUCUACAGGAGGUCCAAAGCGAUCAUUACUCAAACUUUAUUAAUCCCGAAUUGCAAAAUCAGGGUUACGAUGGUGUGUACCUCAAGAGAACCGGAGACAAAUGCGAUGGCUGUGCAAUUUUCUUCAAACGACACAAGUUCAGCUUGAUCAAGUCGCACAACGUGGAGUUCAAACGCGGGGGUCUCCUGGACAGAGACAACAUUGCUGUGAUACUAGAACUGAGACCAAGAUCCAGGUUUUACAUGGGAAGUGUCAAGAAGAUAUGCGUCGCAACCACCCAUCUCCUAUUCAACCCGCGGAGAGGCGACGUCAAAAUGGGACAACUCAUGGUGUUACUGGCCGAACUCGACAGAUGUGCGAGGUCAUCGGAUGGGACAUACACGCCCGUAGUUCUCUGCGGCGAUUUUAACCUGGAACCAUAUAGUCACCUCUAUAAGAUGAUCUAUCAGGGUUAUCUGCGCUUCGAGGGACUAAGCUGUAAUGAACUGUCGGGUCAGAAGGAAGGUGCAUACGGAAAAGAUAAUUACAUUAGUCGUAAUAUGUGUGAAAAGUUGAAUAUUAGUGAUCACUGCCAAUACAUGGCUGUGAAGGAAAGAAUGGAUGAGCGGGUGAGUGGAGAGAAGGGUGAUAGCACUGAUGGUAAUAAUGCAAACGUUUCAGCUUGGAGAAAAUCUCCAGACGUUGGUGAAAUAUCUACAGGUUCUAUUGCUGAUAUUUCAAAACAUGCAGCUGAGUACAAAAACAAAUGGACAUCACAUCACCACACUGCACCAAAUUCCGAAGUCCAUAAUAAGAGUAGUGAACACAGUAACAAGAAUAUUGGGUCUGGUCAUCUUGGAUCAGGUCUUCUAGGGUCGGGUCAUCUUGGGUCAGGUCAACUUGGGUGGGGUCAACUUGGGUCUGGUCAUCUUGGGUCUGAUCAUCUUGGACAACAGAGUCAGGGAACACCUGCAUCUGGUCAGAUCAGACAUUCCUUCAACUUUGUGUCUUCCUACAACCAUUACAUUGAGCGUCUGAAAUGCCGUGUUCCUGAGGUGACCACUCAACAUCGUAGGGCAGCCUGUACGGUGGACUAUAUAUUCUAUAACGUGCACAAGAAGAUCAGGUGUAAGGAUCGGGGAAGAUGGAGACCGGAAACUGUGCAGGAAGGAAAGCUGGUGCUUCUCGCACGAUACGGAUUGAUGUCGAGCAGGGAGAUAAAUAAACUGGGCACAAUGCCCAAUCAGAUGAUGCCGUCUGAUCACCUUCCUCUCGUAUCACAGUUUUUGUUAAGGUCGUAGCAGGAAAAUACAUAUAAAUGAUCUCUUGCUGCUUUCUUAUUGGAGUAGCCUAAGUAGAGGCAACUGGGUCUCUCUCUCUCUCUCUCCUUCUCUCCUUCUCUCCUCUCUCUCCUUUCUCUCUCUUUCUCUCUCUCUGAAAUAAGUGUCCAAAUAGCCAUUUGUUAGAUACCAAAUAGCCAUUGUUUAAACAUAUUCCUUUUCUCGUUUUAAGUGAGCUCAGUGGUGUACAUUCUCGUGUAAAUAUGCAAAAAAACAUUGGUAUAAAUAAAAUACAUUUGAAGCAAGGCGGUAAAAGACCUUUGGUGGGUCUGCUUCAAAGGUAUUACAUGUAAUUUACCAAUGGGUUUUGCUUGAGAUUGUAGCAGCGCAUAAUUUGUAUACCUUAAUAUAGAGCACUUAUGUUUUUUAAAGCAGGUGCAAAAUGUGUUAAAAAAUUAGAACCACAUAUCUCCGAAAUGAAAUUUUUUCAACAUGUAUUACUUAAUAAUAAUCUUCAUGACUGUUCAUAGGGCAGAUUUUGUUGUUAAUCUGGUUUUAUUAGACAUGAUACGUAUGUAUAAAAAUGAAAUAUGUUUGCUUAAUUAGUGUUUUUCAAAGGUUUACUAAAUUAACUUUAUAUAUAAAAAAUUUAUGUUAAAGUAAUGGGGAUUAUGUAUACUGUAUAUGGGAAUUUUUACCUUCCAAAAAUAUAUUUCUACUAAAUGUUACCGUUUUUUAUAUUGAAGAAUAAAAAUAGUUUUAUAUU